UCAAAACGCCACCAUUCCGGUUUCCGUCAGUGCACCCCACAGUUCGUCCGUUUUCGACAGGACACUUGCAAGUGCGGCGCGAGACCUCGGGAAUGCCAGAUACACCUCGUCGGUACCGUCCCGACAGGUGGGACAGGCUGGGACAGGCUGGCUGGCAAUCUUCCGGUAGCUGCUGCUGCUCACUAGAUACACUGUAUACAGUUGUCGAUCGUUGACUUCUCGGCGUGUACUGUACUGUACUCGAUACACGCUGCACCGUCGCGUCGUUCACAUUGCCAAACGGUACUAUCAUUGCCGCACGCAGCUCGACAGUGUCGCAGCGCCAGCCUGGCGGCAGCGGCAACUGGGAGGGCAACAGGCAGCAGGCAGCACGCAACAGGCAUCCUUGCUGAUUGAGAGACCUUCGAUUCGUAUGGCGAAAUUCUUGGUUUCCGGCCUCUUGGUUUCAUCGGCUUUUAGGGGUUCAGCUGAGCGCCAAGGGUGCGCCGGGGGGCCAAGGAGCGCCCAGCGAAGCUAAGCCAGAUUCUUUCGCGGUUCGCUUCGAAAACAGAGCGAGAUUCUCUUCGUCUUCCCCCUCGCGGUUUUAUAGCGACCUAGAGCUUCUCAUCAUGACGAAUCCCACAUCAGCAACGUUUUGGGUGACACCUCUCCCCUCGAGCUUGCGAGGUCGGAGCGAGUCUGAGUCCGAGUCAAAACUCGAGCUCUCAUGGCGGCCUCCCAGGUGCUUCAAGGGCUCGUGAGGAGGCAGCGGAAGCGGGAAGCAGGCGUGAUGACUUCAGUGAUCAUGAAGGAUGUGGAAAUCCGCGUUAAGAGCGAGGCGCCGCUGGAAACCAAGAAUUCUGUCGCCGAAAUCCCUCUUAGAAAGCACGAGCAACCGCACCCGAGCCAGUUUUCAAUGUUAACGAAUCGCCGUGAGCAGCCGCCAGGCAGCGAUUUCCAGACGGGAGCCGGGUUUCACAGCCUUAGCCUAUCCAUGGCGGAGCGCAGCUCUCGGCCCGUCAUUGACAGUGACAAUUUUGUCUGUACGGCGGAGCACCCAGUGAUCGUAUCACCACCCGCGGCGGGAGCAGCAGUCAACCCGCCCGUCCCGGAGACAGCUCAGAAAACGGAGGAGCGCGCGGCGUGGGAAAAAAUCCUGCAGGCAGCGGCGGCGCAUGAUCUCGACGGAGAUCGUGUGCUGCCCGUCAAACCCGGCGGUCUCGGUAGCGGUCUCGGUGGCGGUCUCGGUCAGCCUCAGGGUCCACGUCUCAAUCUCUGUCUCGGUCGCAAUUUCAGUCGCGAUUACAGUCUUGGCAUCGGUCUCGCGGGGCCAGAGUCGCCAGACUCGACUUUGAGCCAGCCGCGUGCAACACGCGGCGUGACGAUGACGGCCAGCAGCAGCCAAGGAAGCGUCAACGGGUCGUGAACGAGCAACAGCCGCCGGAGCCUCGCCGGGGAUCCCUACCCACUGCAAGAAGCGCGACGGCGGACGCUUACCUGCCGGACGCGGCUUUCUUGCCGGAUGCGGUUUUCUUGCCGGACGCGGCUUUCUUGCCGGACGCGGUUUUCUUGCCGGACGCGGCUCUCCUGCCGGCUGCGGUCAGCACGGCGGUGACGGCGCAGAGGGAUAUCGCGUCGCUCAUGCUUUCCAGCGGCCGGUUUCACAACGGGCCGGUAGUAACCUCGAGGUUGGGUGAUCAGUGCUGCUCUACGGGGGUUGCCAAUGCGAGGGCCUCGGUGAUGAAUCCCAGUGGGAUGCGAGGGCCUGAUGCGGCCGCUGUAGCGGUUAUUCGUGCGAAUCCUAGCGAAAUCCUGAACAUCCGUGAACCUUCUGCAAGCAUCUGCAAUUCCCUGGCGAAGAUUCGCGAUACCUUUAGUCUUCGCGAGGCUCGGCUUGUGGGGCGGCUGCAGGAGGCGCAGGAGCGGGCGGAGAGCGAGAGCAGGCGAGCGGCGCAGCUAGAGGGGCAGGUGGCGCAGAUGAUGCGCCGCAUGGGGGAGGCGCAGCGCCUGGUGGCGGGGCUGGCGCUGAAGAACGCGGAGCUGCAGGGGGAGAUGGCGCAGCUGAUGCUGGCGCACAUGGUGGUGGGGCUGGCGGAAGCAGGAGGGGGGGAGGAGGUCAUUCAGCCCUCGGGUCGUUAGGCUAGGUUGCGGUGAGCUACGGAUAGCUUGUGGGUAGCCACGGAUUUACGGUAGGUUGGGCGGUAUGCUGAGAUAGAACACAGCCUAGGAGGCCGAAGCCAGUCAUGCUUCCUCCGUACCGACUGGCUGUUCUACACAGCUUUUCCCCCCCGUGCUGACACUCGUGACGCAGGAGUGCGGGGAGAACCAUUGCGGCUGUUGCAGCCUUCAUGGUUGUGGCGGAUUGCAGCAGCCUUGUGGCUUUUUUCGCCUUUCCUGAAGGGAAAGUUUUCCGGCCAGACUCUGGGAGGGAGGGAGGGUAGGCAGACGAACUAUUCCCCAACUGCAAUCGGUAGGCAAUCCUUCAUGUGCUUGCUGCAUUGUAUGUAGCGGUUAAGCUCUAUAUACAAACA